AUGGGCACCAGGUUCAAGGGCGACAACAAUGAUCCCGCGGUCAAUGUGACUAAUUGGGUGUUGCUGGUGACGGCUAUACUCAGUGUGUUUGCACGGCUGGGGACGAAAUUUCGAAUCUUUCACAAGUUCACGAGCGACGAUGUUGCGAUUAUUGCCUCAUUGGUAUUGUGUGUCGUCCAGAGUAUCUGCGUGUCCAUGGCCGUCGGUUCGGGCUACGGGAAACAUCUUAAAGAAGUGACAUUGCCGGAAUUUGAUACGGUGAUGAAGUACCUUUACGCGAGCUCUAUACUCUACCUCGCCAGCAUCUGCGCCUCCAAGAUAUCACUGGUACUAUUCAUGCGGAACCUCACGCAGACGGCGAACGAUCGAUUCUUUGGGCUGUUUCUAGCAAUUGCCAUAGGCGUAUGGGCGGUGGUGAGCAUCUUCGGCACUGCCUUCCAGUGCUCGGUGCCGGGCACUUGGAACUUCUGGUCCAACAACUGCUUUGAUCUGGCGGCUUGGAGAUACUUUGUCUGCGCCUCAAACAUUGUCACUGAAAUUCUGAUCCUCGCCCAAGGCAUUCUUCUAACCCAUCGUGUCCAAACGUCUCUCACAAAGCGCCUAUUAAUCACGAGUCUUUUCCUUCCACGCGUCUUGGUGAUCGGUACCGUGCUCGCCGAACUGAUUCUCACCCGAAGAAUCACCGAGACCACCGACCCUACCUACGAAAUGUGCGUGGUGACAAUACUACAGAUGCUCACCCAGUGCCUGAGCGUGGUCACCGCCUGUUGGGGACAGCUCAAGCCCUUCCUGACUUGGCUGAAAUCCAACGGCCUACGGAUUCAAGAUGUGGACUACAUGACAAAUGCCUACAACAGCAACUAUGCACAAUCGGAAGGACGGUCCCAAACUCAAUCCAAGGCGCGCGAUUCCCGAUACCAGUCCCAAAAAGGACCCGCUCUUUCACGGUCCAAGUCCAACCAGAUCCUUGUCACCAAGAACUGGGAGGUCGAUAGCCAGUCCAGUCAGGCCGAUAUCAUACAGGAGAGUGGGGCCUGGGCGGACGCCGAGGGGACGCGAAACGUCAGCCCCGAAAACUUGAAUCAUUAA